UUCGGUUGAGGGGACCCACCAUAGGGGCAGUGUCUUUGGUGCAAACCAAAGCCUAGAUAGAUGCCUGAAUAUCAGUUGUGUUGUUCCAUAAAGUGUUAUUAAAGAGGGAGGUCGGUCUAUUCGUGUGAACCGUGGUCCUCGUUUCUUCUCUCACACCACCAGGUGGCACUCUUUCUCUGGUACCCCCAAAAUGGCUCAUCGAAGUGGGCUGGAGGACCCGGAGCGGUACCUGUUUGUGGAUCGCGCUGUGGUCUACAACCCGGCCACACAGGCCGACUGGACAGCCAAGAAGGUGGUGUGGAUCCCUUCAGAGCGUCAUGGUUUUGAGGCGGCCAGCAUCAAGGAGGAGCGGGGAGAGGAGGUGGUGGUGGAACUGUCAGAGAAUGGCAAGAAGGCCAUUGUCAAUAAGGACGACAUCCAGAAGAUGAACCCGCCCAAGUUCAGCAAGGUGGAAGACAUGGCCGAGCUCACCUGCCUGAAUGAGGCCUCAGUGCUGCACAACCUCAAAGACCGCUACUACUCUGGGCUCAUCUACACUUACUCUGGGCUGUUCUGUGUGGUGAUAAACCCCUACAAAAACUUGCCCAUCUACUCAGAGAACAUCAUAGAGAUGUACAGAGGGAAAAAGCGUCAUGAGAUGCCACCACACAUCUACGCCAUUUCAGAGUCAGCAUACCGCUGCAUGCUCCAAGAUCGUGAAGACCAAUCAAUCCUUUGCACAGGCGAGUCGGGUGCCGGCAAGACAGAAAACACCAAAAAGGUCAUCCAGUACCUGGCCCACGUCGCCUCGUCACACAAAGGACGCAAAGACCACAACAUUCCUCCCGAAUCCCCUAAAGCGUUGAACAAGCUCCAGGGCGAGCUGGAACGGCAGCUUCUGCAAGCCAACCCCAUCCUUGAAUCCUUUGGCAAUGCCAAGACGGUGAAAAACGACAACUCGUCACGUUUCGGCAAGUUCAUCAGAGUCAACUUUGACGUGACCGGCUACAUUGUUGGGGCCAAUAUCGAGACCUACCUCCUGGAGAAGUCCAGGGCCGUUCGCCAGGCUACAGACGAGAGGACCUUCCAUGUCUUCUACCAGCUUCUGGCAGGAGCCGGGGAGCACCUCAAAACUGACCUGCUCCUGGAGGGCUUCAACAACUACCGCUUCCUGUCCAAUGGCAACAUUACCAUCCCUGGCCAGCAGGAUAAGGACAACUUCCAGGAGACCAUGGAUGCCAUGCACAUCAUGAGCUUCUCCCAUGAGGAGAUUGUAUGCAUGCUGAAGGUGGUGUCUGCAGUACUACAGUUUGGUAACGUUGUCUUCAAGAAGGAGAGGAACACAGACCAGGCCUCCAUGCCUGAGAACACAGCGGCUCAGAAGCUGUGCCACCUGUUGGGACUGAAUGUGAUGGAGUUUACCAGGGCCAUUCUAUCCCCCCGCAUCAAAGUGGGCCGAGACUACGUCCAGAAGGCCCAGACCAAAGAACAGGCUGACUUUGCAGUGGAAGCCCUGGCCAAGGCCACAUAUGAGCGUCUGUUUCGCUGGCUCGUCCACCGCAUCAACAAGGCCCUGGACAGGACCAAGAGACAGGGAGCCUCCUUCAUCGGCAUCCUGGACAUCGCUGGCUUUGAGAUCUUUGAGCUGAACUCAUUUGAGCAGAUGUGCAUCAACUACACCAACGAGAAGCUGCAGCAGCUGUUCAACCACACCAUGUUCAUCCUGGAGCAGGAGGAGUACCAGAGGGAGGGCAUUGAGUGGAGCUUCAUCGACUUCGGCCUGGACCUGCAGCCCUGCAUCGACCUGAUUGAGAGACCGACCAACCCUCCAGGAGUUCUGGCCCUGUUGGAUGAGGAGUGCUGGUUCCCCAAGGCCACUGAUAAGACAUUUGUAGACAAGGUGCUCCAGGAGCAGGGCACCCACCCCAAGUUCCAGAAACCCCGGCAGCUGAAGGACAAAGCCGACUUCUGCAUCAUUCACUACGCUGGCAGGGUGGACUACAAGGCUGACGAGUGGCUGAUGAAGAACAUGGACCCUCUGAACGACAACGUGGCCACGCUGCUCAACCAGUCCACUGACAAGUUUGUGUCUGAACUGUGGAAGGACGUGGACCGUAUCGUGGGUCUGGACCAGGUAGCAGGGAUGAACGAGACGGCCUUCGGCGCAGCCUAUAAGACCAAGAAGGGCAUGUUCCGUACGGUGGGCCAACUCUACAAGGAGUCUCUCACCAAGCUCAUGGCCACGCUGAGGAACACCAACCCCAACUUUGUCCGCUGCAUCAUCCCCAACCACGAGAAGAGGGCUGGUAAGCUAGACCCCCACCUGGUUCUGGACCAGCUGAGGUGUAAUGGUGUUCUGGAGGGGAUCCGUAUCUGCAGACAGGGCUUCCCCAACCGUAUCGUCUUCCAGGAGUUCAGACAGAGGUAUGAGAUCCUCACCCCCAACGCCAUCCCCAAGGGCUUCAUGGAUGGCAAGCAAGCCUGUGAGAGAAUGAUCCGAGCCUUGGAGUUGGAUCCUAACCUGUUCAGGAUUGGGCAGAGUAAGAUCUUCUUCAGGGCUGGAGUCUUGGCCCACCUGGAGGAGGAGAGAGACCUGAAGAUCACUGACAUCAUCAUCUACUUCCAGUCUGUCUGCCGGGGAUACCUGGCCCGCAAGGCGUUUGUUAAGAAGCAGCAGCAACUGAAUUGUCUGAAGGUGCUUCAGAGGAACUGUUCUGCCUACCUGAAGCUGAAGCAUUGGCAGUGGUGGAGACUCUUUACCAAGGUGAAGCCCCUGCUGCAGGUGACCAGGCAGGAGGAGGAGAUGCAGGCCAAGGACGAUGAGCUUGUCAAGGUGAAGGAGAAGCAGACCAAGGUGGAGGGAGAACUGGUGGAGAUGGAGAGAAAGCACUCACAGCUGAUUGAGGAGAAGAACAUCCUAGCGGAGCAGCUGCAGGCCGAGACGGAGCUGUUUGCCGAGGCUGAGGAGAUGAGAGCUCGUCUGGCCGCUAAGAAGCAGGAGCUGGAGGAGAUCCUUCAUGACCUGGAGUCUAGAGUGGAGGAGGAGGAGGAGAGGACCCAGGGCCUGCAAAGUGAGAAGAAGAAGAUGCAGUCUCACAUCCAGGACCUGGAGGAGCAGUUGGAUGAGGAGGAAGCUGCCAGGCAGAAGCUGCAGCUGGAGAAGGUGACAGCUGAGGCCAAGAUGAAGAAAUUUGAGGAGGACAUCUUGCUCCUGGAGGACCAGAACUCAAAGUUCCUGAAGGAGAAGAAGCUCCUGGAUGACCGUGUCAAUGAGAUGAUGUCCCAGCUGACUGAGGAGGAGGAGAAGGCCAAGAACCUGGGCAAGACAAAGAACAAGCAGGAGGUGAUGAUGGUGGACCUGGAAGAGCGUUUGAAGAAGGAGGAGAAGACUCGUCAGGAGCUGGAGAAGGCCAAGAGGAAGCUGGAUGGAGAGACCACAGACCUGCAGGACCAGAUAGCUGAGCUGCAGGUCCAGAUAGAGGAGCUCAAGGUGCAGCUGGCUAAGAAGGAGGAGGAGCUGCAGGCUAUUCAGGCCAGGGGAGAUGAGGAGGUGACCCAGAAGAACAACGCCCUGAAGCAGGUACGUGAGCUACAGGCCCAGUUGGCAGAGCUGCAGGAAGACCUGGAAUCAGAAAAGGUCUCCAGGAACAAGGCUGAGAAGCUCAAGAGAGAUCUGAGUGAGGAGCUGGAGGCCUUAAAGACUGAGCUAGAGGACACCCUGGACACCACCGCAGCCCAGCAGGAGCUCAGGACCAAGCGUGAGCAGGAGGUGACGGAGCUGAAGAAGGCCAUCGACGAGGAGACCAAGAACCACGAGGCUCAGAUCCAGGAGAUGAGACAGAGACACUCCACGGCCCUGGAGGAGGUGUCUGAGCAGCUAGAGCAGGCCAAAAGGUUCAAGGUCAACCUGGAGAAGAACAAGCAGAGCACAGAGAGUGCCAACAAGGUGCUGGUCAGUGAGGUAAAGGGGCUGCAGCAGGCCAAGACGGAGUCAGAACACAAGAAGAAGAAGCUGGAGGCCCAGCUCCAGGAGGUCAUGGCCCGGGUCACAGAGGGAGAGAAGGGCAAGGGAGAGCUGGCCGACCGCUCCCACAGACUACAGACGGAGCUGGAUAGUGUGUCUGCUCUGCUGGAAGAUGCAGAGAGGAAGGGAAUCAAGCUGGUUAAAGACACUACUGUCCUGGAGAGUGCUAUGCAGGACACACAGGAGCUUCUCCAGGAAGAGACGCGUCAGAAGCUGAACAUGAGCAGUCGUAUCCGCCAGCUGGAGGAGGAGAAGAGCACCCUGCAGGAGCAGCAGGAGGAGGACGAGGUGGCGCGCAGAAACCUGGAGAAACAGCUGUGCACACUGCAGGCCCAGCUGGUUGAGACCAAGAAGAAGCUGGAGGAUGACGUGGGGAUGGUGGAGGGUCUGGAGGAGGUGAAGAGGAAGCUGCAGAAGGACAUGGAGCUGGCCACCCUGAGGCUGGAGGAGAAGGGCAUUGCCUUUGAGAAGAUGGAGAAGACCAAGACCCGCCUGCAGCAGGAGCUGGACGACCUCAUGGUGGAUCUGGACCACCAGAGAACCAUCGUCUCCAACCUGGAGAAGAAGCAGAAGAAGUUUGACCAGCUGCUGGCUGAGGAGAAGAACAUCUCUGCACGCUACGCUGAGGAGAAGGACAGGGCUGAGGCGGAGGCCAGGGAGAAGGAGACCAAGUCCCUGUCUCUGGCCCGGGCUCUUGAUGAGGCUCUGGAGGCCAAGGAGGAGUUUGAGAGACUCAACAAGCAGCUGAGGAGUGAGAUGGAGGACCUGAUGAGCUCCAAGGACGACGUGGGCAAGAACGUCCAUGACUUGGAGAAGUCCAAGAGGACUCUGGAUCAGCAGCUGGAGGAGAUGAGGACUCAGCUGGAGGAGCUGGAGGACGAGCUGCAGGCCACGGAGGACGCCAAGCUGCGUCUGGAGGUCAACAUGCAGGCCAUGAAGGCCCAGUACGAGAGAGACCUGCAGGGGCGAGACGACCAGAACGACGAGAAGAAAAGGGCGCUUGUCAAACAGGUGCGUGAGAUGGAGGCAGAGCUGGAGGAUGAGCGGAAGCAGAGAGCCUUGGCCGUGGCUGCUAAGAAGAAGCUGGAAAUGGACCUGAUGGACAUGGUGGGACAGAUAGAGGGCGCCAACAAGGCCCGUGACGAAGCCAUCAAGCAGCUACGCAAAUUGCAGUCCCAGAUGAAAGACUACCAGAGGGAGUUGGAGGAUGCCCGGGCCUCUCGGGACGAAAUAUUCUCCCAAUCCAAGGAGAACGAGAAGAAGCUGAAGAGCCUGGAGGCCGAGGUUCUCCAGCUGCAUGAGGACCUGGCGGCGUCAGAGAGGGCGCGGCGCCACGCAGAGCAGGAACGGGAUGAGCUAGCGGACGAGAUCUCCAACAGCACCUCGGGCAAGUCUGCCUUGAUGGAUGAGAAAAGGAGGCUGGAGGCUCGCAUUGCUCAGCUGGAGGAGGAACUAGAGGAGGAACAGGGCAACAUGGAGCUGCUCAAUGACCGCUUCCGCAAGACCACCAUGCAGGUAUGACCCAGGAGGAAAC